AUGUGUGCCACUCUAUACCUGUGGAGGACAGAGACCCUGAGGAAAAAUGACUCCAAAGCAAUAGAAUUAGAAGAUAAAAGCCUUGAGCCAGCAGAAACGAAGGAGCAGAACCAAUUGCCAUGUGUCCAUGCAGUUACCAGUGUUUCUCAAGAAGCAAUCCCGAGUUUAAGAAGUGAAGUCCAAGAGGAGAACUUGGAAGAGGUUCAGAUGUUGGGUACUGCAGUUGCUUCAUCUGAGAUCGGGAUCCACACACUUGAUUCAGGUCAGGGUCUUCGUGAGAGUCCUCCUGAAGAGCCCAUCACAGAAAACUCUAAAGGCAGCAGCAUGCUCAUGCUUCCUGUGCCAGAGAGUGUACCAUCUAAUACUCUAGAAGGCCAACAAGAAAAUAUGAUCAAUCCUCAAGACGUAACAGUGAAUCUAUUUGCUAAUCUACAGCAAGAUGGAGAAGAUGAACAAGCAUUCAUUUUAACUUUGGUGGAAAUUCCAACUAAUGCAACAGAAGGAUUUACUGAUGCCUCCAUGCAGUUAAUGUCAAGCUCUCUACUGCCAGCACCUAUAUUGGUCAAAUCUGGAAACACAGUAGAAAGAGGUGACCACAGUGAGAGUUUACAAACAACUUCAGUUGUUCAAGAUGCCAUAUGCUUGUCUCCUUCUGAAAGUGGUGAUUCUGAAAAGCCUCCUCCUAAGGUGAAUCUUAUAUCUCGGAAGAGAAUUCACUGUAGUCCUGAAGAAAACAUUCUUGUACCUCCUGCCAAAAAGUCCUCAAUUUCUCCGGGAGUUGAUUGUCAAGAAUGUGCUUCUGAGGUAUGUUCAAAGGAAUUCAAUGUUUUUGAGAAAACAGGUGAGAUCAAUUUAAAUAUGAUUUUAUUUUUGCUAAGUACCCCUGAUUAUUUCUGA